AUGGCUAUGACUGCUGACCAAGCUGUCCAAUAUCUGGAAGGAUUGAUCGGUCGGCAGCUACGAGUCUACGCGACGGACAGCCGUAUAUUUGUUGGCAUCUUCAAGUGUACUGAUGCGGACCGAAACAUUAUUCUUGCCAACUCUUUCGAAUAUCGUCUUCCCUCCCCUUCUGCCGUACAAGCAGCCGCCGACUCGUGGGAGAAGGACUCCGGAGCCCAAAGCGCCACACUGAAAGUCAACAUGACCCACCGACUUAUUGGACUCAUUGUGGUGCCAGGUCGUCACAUUACGAAGAUCGAGCUGGAAUAG